GAGCUCGCAGCAGCUUUUCUCGCCUGUGCUGUGGAACAGCAGCAAGAGAGCGCUCAUACACAUGCACACACACGCACACACACACAACCGCCGCAUCCUGCAAGCUGAGACAAAAGAAACUUUGUGCCAGUCCCCCGAAAACUGACGAUCCAGAAAUGACCGAUGGACUUUGAACGCGUCACUGUCUGUCUGAAAAGACAGGACGAGUGUUGUUGGACUAUGAGCGAAUUAUUGAUCUUCCCUACUAAAAUAGUUGUUUUUGAAAACUUGACGUCCUUUUAAACACAUUUUUUUGGAUGAGACUCUGCUGUUUGGGGCUUUUUUCCCCAUCGUUCAUCAUACAAAAAGUCCAAAAGGAUGGCACCGUUUCUCAUCUGCGGGGUGAUUCUCCUCAAAGUUGUCUUUGGUGACGCUUGCACCAGCGGACAGUUGACUGAAUCCGGGGAGUGUUGCAGUGUGUGUCCCGUGGGCUUUGGAGUAGCAGUAGAGUGUGGAAAAGAAGAUACCAAAUGCAUACCAUGCCCACAGGGAACCUUCUCCUCCUCUGAAGACCUCAGCCGUUGCGUCCCGUGCUCGCGGUGCCCGUACGGCCUCCCGACGUCGGCUCCGUGUUCCCCCGACGAAGACACGCAAUGCGAAUGCGACGUUGGCUUCUUCUACUUCCGAGCCUACGGGUUAUGUGCGCCUUGUUCCAAAUGCAAGCGUGGCGAGGGGGCGGAGGAGCAGUGCGGCCCCAAGGGGGACACUCAGUGCCGACCGUGCGGCCCGGGAACCUUCUCUGAAGAGCACACUCAUACCAAACCCUGCCACCGAUGCACCCAGUGCACAGACAGCGAGGUGGAGAUCCGAGCCUGCAUACCUAACUCGGACACACUCUGCAUGGAUAAAAAGCUGCACAUUAUCUCCCGAGAAACUACGAGCUUGUCAGGAGUGGAGAAUGUCACAUCGGGCGGAGAAGGUUUUGCCCCGGUGACGCCCAAGUACACCCUGGAGGAUGAGAACGGCAACAACAACAUCCUGGCCUACGUGUCCGUGCUAGCCGCGGUGGUCCUGGGUCUGCUCGUUUACGUGGCUUACAAGUGCUGGAGAUCGUGUAAGCAGAAGAAGGCCCUGUCCAAGGCACGUGCGGCCGAGCUGGGAGCGUCUCCAGAGGGAGAGAAGCUUCAAAGUGACAGCGGAGUUUUUCUUGACUCGCAGAGCCUUCAAGACAAUCAGCCCUCCAAAGGUACAAAGAGGGACAGCAAGCAGGACACCCGCCUGUACGUCAACCUGCCGCCCCAGAGACAGGAAGAGGUAGAGCGCCUCCUGCAGGAAGGAACCGGCCGUGGCUGGCAGCAUCUGGGCCAGGCGCUGGGGUACGAAACGGAACAGCUGGACCUGUUUGGGCACGGCGAGGCCCCCGCGCACACACUACUCUCCAACUGGGCCCAGAAAGAAGGCUCCACUCUGGGAGUGCUGUGCUCGGCGUUGGCUCGCAUCGAGAGGCCCGACGUGGUCUCGGCUCUAAACUGCCCCGCGCAAGGCGUCUCGGUAGUGUGACCCGGUACCCGACUUUCCUGGACAGGAAAAAAGUAUUAUUUCCACAAAAAUACCAUUUUAUCUCCACAAGUGCCUUCAUCAGCCAAAUCCUAAUACUCAAUCAGUCCAGUGGUCUAUGAACUCUUUUUUUUUUUUUUUUUUGUUAUCACUUAUAAUAACAUCCACAGGCCACACAACAUAUCUACAAUCAGGACAGAUAAUGUGGACAAUUGAUUCAUUUGUAAUAUUCUAGGGACUGUUUUUUUUAUUUUUUAUUCCAAGUUUACACAGGAGGCCAUUUUAAGUCAUACGUGGCCUUUAAAAGAUUUGUAGUCAAUGAUUAGAAUUUCUCACAAAGUCUGAAAACUAGUUUGCAUGCAUAAAGAGGAUCACUGUUGACAUAAAACACUUAAAAUGUUCUUAUCUGUGAGUGACCAUGUUUUAUUGUUUUUUGUUCAUUGUUGGGAUUUCUUC